CCCAGAAUGGCCUUCCCUUGCCCAUCCUAAUCUUCUGGAGCGGCUUCCUUAAAUAAUGGUCGAUUUUUUGAAAAAGAGGUGACCGAGUAUCUUUGAAGGAUUUGUGCAAAGAUAUGGCCCGACCGGCAUGGCUGUCGUCGUUGACGCAGCAUGGUUCCAAGCCGCCGUAUUUGCUGCGGUGUAGGAGUUCAGACGCAUUUAUUAUUGGGACGGUUGCUUUGGCUGUCUUCACGGACAUGUUCCUCUACGCCAUGAUAGUCCCAGUAAUCCCGUUCGCCAUCCAAUCGCGCAGCCACAUCCCUCCCGGGAAAGUGCAAUACUGGGUCUCCGUCCUCAUCGCCAUCUACGCCGCAGCACUCUUAGCCUUCUCCCCGAUCUGCGGCUUCCUGGCUGACCGCUCUGCCUCGCGACGCUCGCCGCUGCUGAUCGGCCUCUUUGCUUUGAUGGGCGCUACGGUCCUGCUUAAUGUGGGGUCGAGUAUUGGGGUUUUGGUCGUGGGACGAGUUUUGCAGGGGACGAGUGCUGCUGUGGUGUGGGUCGUGGGCCUGGCCCUUCUGGCUGAUACCGUGCCUCAAGAGCGUCUCGCGCAGGCUAUGGGUUAUGUUGGGCUUGGGAUGAGUGUGGGUAUUUUGAUUGGGCCGUUGUUGGGAGGCGUGGUGUUUGAUCGCGCGGGAUAUAAUGCCGUGUUUGGGAUGGCGUAUGCGCUUGUGGGGUUAGAUAUCGUGCUGAGGCUGCUGCUUGUGGAGAAGAAGGUUGCGAGGAGGUGGGAGCCUGGGGCUGGUGGAAGGGAGAGAGCUACCGCGGAUGAGGGAGCGCAAAGCCCAGGUGAUAUUGAAGAAGCCGCCAGUCCUGCAAGUCGCAGCGAGGAGAAAGCAGACCCGUCUUCAGCUAUCCCGGUACCAGAUCCUGAAAAGGGCACAUCUACCACCCCGGAACGGGCACAGCCAGCGGAACAUCCCAACGCCAGAACCGAACCGCCGAAGAAACGUCGUCUGCGCAACCGCCUCCCGCCCGUUCUCUCUCUUCUCUACUCCCGCCGCCUCCUCGCCGCGCUCUUCGGCUCCAUCAUCCAAGCCGCAAUAAUGACCGCCUUCGACUCCGUCCUCACCAUCCACGUCGCUGCAACCUUCCACUGGACCAGCACGGGCGCAGCGCUGCUCUUCCUUCCCGUCGUUAUCCCGUCCUUCCUCGCGCCGCUGUUCGGCUGGCUCGCGGACCGCAUCGGCGGUCGCUACCCGGCGUCGAUCGGCUUUCUGCUGGCGUGCCCUCCGCUCGUUUGUCUGCGGUACAUUGACUCCAACACAUUGAAUGAUAAGGUGUUAAUAUGUGUAUUGCUCGCGCUGGUGGGACUGACGCUAUCCCUCACCUUCCCGCCGUUCAUGGCGGAGAUAUCGGCGGUUGUGGAAGCGAAGGAGAGGAAGAUGCUUGCGAAUGGGGAGCCGGGGUAUGGGAAAGGAGGUGCUUAUGCUCAGGCUUAUGGGUUGUUUAAUGUGGCUUUUGCUGCGGGGUGUGUGGUGGGCCCGUUGCUGGCUGGUUUCAUUGCGCAGGAGCAGGGAUGGGCGACGAUGGCUUGGGUGUUGGGUUUGUUGUCUGCAGUUACGGCCGUGCCGACAUUCUUGUGGAUGGGUGGGUGGAUGUUCGGAAAGGGGGAGGAGGGGGUCUGAUGAGCACAGCAGAAGUCUAGGAUGCAGAGCUGAUGGGAACGGAGUUCUGGUCUUGGAUUCGAAUUCCGGUCUACUGUCAGCGGGUUUCCCAUCUCUACGUGGGCCCCUCCUGUUCCUGACCAGCGCAACAAAGUCCGCAAAGUACCAUAUGGAAGAUGACCAGCGCAGCGAGAUACAAAUGGAUGAGCGAUGUAGAUGACGCUGGACGAGAAGAGCAGUCCAGGUAAUGACGGAACACUACCUCCGGGGCACAGCACGAGAUUCAGUCACAUAAUUGACAGCGGACUGAAUCUCGUGC